GUUUUUCCUCUUGUGAGUUUGACACAAACGUGACUGCAGUCCAGGAGAACGAGUUGAGAAGCUGUGGAUGCGGACGAGGUGCAGUGCACUCUGUUUUUUUUUUCUUUCGCAGUCAACCCACUUACUUCCAGCUGUCUUCCCCCAGACGCUCACCCACCGGAUGCCGGGCGUGAAGCACUGACUAGCGGCUUGCUCGCUUGUUCGCGUCUCGCUGUCAAAGCUUUUCCUUAAAAAUGGAUUUCUGGCACCGACGGACGGACUGAAAGAAAAGGUUCUGGCAGUUUGUACCGGAAAGUGACCUGCAACGAAUUCCGCAUUUGAGCGACUUUUCUGAGGGGGGCGAGCGAGUUGAAGUGAGGGGACAUGCAGAAGUUUAAUGCCCGCGGGAGCAGCACGCUGCCCCGGCUCGCUGACAGUGACGGGACUGCGGAAGGGAAGGAGAACGGCGCUGGGAAACAUUUCCUCAGCAAACCUGAGGAGGAGGAGGACAGCUCCAUCUGCACCAAGAGGAAGAUGCUCGUCGGUUUGGAUGUAAUAUGCCUGUGUGUCGCCUCCAUCCCAUUUUUUGCUUGCGAGCUGAAGGCAGUGACGCCAUACAGACGGGGGUUCUUCUGCGGAGACACCAGUAUUACGUAUCCCUACGUAGAGAGAGAGGCUAUUCCUGAUGGUCUGCUCAUCGCUGGUGGUAUAGCCAUCACAGGCCUCACGAUCGCACUGGGUGAAUGUUACCGAGUGCGUUUCCGAGGCGUGCGCUCACGGGCGUUUGUCAGCAACCGCUAUGUGUCGUGCCUGUACAAAGAGCUGGGAAGCUUCCUGUUUGGUUGCUGUGUGGGCCAGUCCCUCACCAACAUGGCCAAGCUAAGCGUGGGACGGCUGCGACCCAACUUCCUGUCAGUCUGUAAUAUCACUUAUGCGUCCAUCAACUGCACGCCAGGCAGCUAUGUGUCCCAGGUCAACUGCCGGCAGCCCAACCAGAAGAUGGUCGAGGAGGCGAGGAAGUCGUUUUUUUCCGGCCAUGCAUCCUUCGCCAUGUACACCAUGCUCUAUCUAGCAUUUUACCUGCAGGCCCGGUUGUCGUGGCGAGGGGCUCGGCUGCUGCGCCCCCUUGUACAGUUCAUCUUAGUGAUGAUCGCCAUCUACACCGGGCUCAGCCGCAUUUCGGACUACCGCCAUCACCCCACCGACGUCCUCACGGGCUUCAUUCAAGGAGGGCUCACUGCUUACUGGGUGGCCUUCUACAUCUCCUCCAUGUUUAAGCCUCGCACCCGUCCAGACCUGUCCCCGACUAGCAUGUCGCUGGAGAGUCCUCUUUCCAGCCAGCAGACUGUGUGUUAGCAUGCAAUGGCUGCAAGGAUAUGAAAAACAUGGACACGACAAAUGUCACAGCGUCGGCGAGCAGCUGAGCGACCGGUUCUUUUUUUCCAAGAAAGGGAUUCAUUCCAAGGAGAUGAUGUGAUUAAAUGUUGAUGGAGUACAAUCUAACACAUUGACACACAAUCAGUCACGCAGCAGUGAUGUAACCUCUCACACAUGUGAAACACAAGAAGCACAUUUGACUCAAAGUCAAACCCGUCCAGUGAGAAGAACUGCAUAGUGAUAUUAUAGAUUUUUUUUAUGAAAUAUAUAAAAAUGUUUUAAAAAAUGUAUAUUUUUCCAGAUGAUUAUUAGAAGCUGCUAAUAUCGAUAGUUAAAAAUGGUUGUUUUUAUCUGUGGUGGAGGUCGAGUGCGCUGGGUCAGCCGUCCAAGCCGAACUUAGGCUUAUAAAACGUCAUCUUCCUGAAAAACGGCUGCUGUGAAAUGAUGCCAUGAUGCCUCAAAAGAAAAAAUGACAAAACACUUGGUGAGAAAAAAAAAAAGCACUGGCUUCAACUUCUUUAACCUGUCUGAUGCACCACUGCUCUAGUCAGACUGCCACUCCACUAAAUGAUGACAAUAACUUGUACUAAAAAUGAUACUGUAUUUCAUAUGUUUCUGUACUAACCAUUUUGUGUCUCAGAGACUGAGGUUUGACUGAAUUUCUUUUGCAACUUUUGCCCCCAGGUUCCAGCCUCUGAGCUGCACCUUCACUUGUGUGAAUCCCCAUGCUGCGUGUCUUUUACUAGUAGCACUUGAUACUUCUAAUUCUAAUCCAUAUUACAUAUUUGAUCACAGGUUGGAAAGAAAAACAAAGAAUGAUCGGUGUUUGGUUUUAUCUGGAUCACUUUUAUGAAGGACUAUUAGGACUACGCUGAAAAGAAAAAGAGUACUACUAUUAGAAUAAAAACAAACAUGUCAAAAUAUGAGAAAAAGUUAUAAAAGUUAUAUUUUCAAAAAAUUGUACUUGUUUCUUGUUUGUUCAAUCAUGGAUCACCAGUGUUUUUAAUCUUAUUAUAUCUAAACACAUGGAAUACCUUGAAUAAAGUCUUAAAUUACAAAAACAAAGCGGAAGUAUUAUGAGAGUAAAAUUGUCAUUUUAUGAGGAAAAAAAAUAUUUUUAAUGAAUUUUGUUUGUUCAAUCAUCUAUAGUAAGCAGAAGGGUUUUUAUGUUUAAUGUAAUUACCUGAUUAAUAUAUAGCAGCUGUCUAGAGAGCAACAAGGAAUUUUGACAUUGACUCUAAUCUUGUAAAUUUGAACUUUCAUAUGAUUUAUAUACGAAUAUAUUUUUUUCCUAAAAUGUUAUUUUGUUCUUCUUGUCAGCGUGGCCCUAAUUGCUCCUGUUUUGGUUCUCCCUUGAAAUGACAAUUGCUCCAAUUGAAUGUAAAUAGUCUGUCAUUUUAUAAACCACACACUUUUACGAGUAUUAGGUUUUACAAUGUUGGUGUGCGUCGAUCAGGUACGGAGAGUUGUACUAUUUGUAUGUGUCGUAACAAUUAGACUGAGCCAUAGAUAGUCACAGAGCUAUUAUUGUUGUUGUGUUCCCACAUAUUGUUUGUUUUGUCUGUGAAAGCCAGAAAGGCACAAAAUAACCACUGUACUCUGAGAGAAACCAAACCAAUAAAAUGAAUG